AUGACGACACCAAAACAGGAGCAAGAACUCGAGCCACCAAAGCAAGAUCGGCACGUGCAGCCGCCUAAAAUAUCUGAGAUGAUCAAUCAAGGCAGUCUCGGGAGCCCUUUGAUGGUCAAUGUGGAAAGAGAUGAGGAGAUGACACGAUCAGCAUUGGCCGCCUUUCGUGCCAAGGAAGAAGAAAUCGAGAGGAGGAAAAUCAAGGUCAAGGAGAAAGUUCAUGCGCAGCUGGGCCGUGUAGAGGAGGAGACCAAACGCCUUGCCGAAAUUCGCGAAGAGCUUGAGGCUUUGCAUGACCCGAUGAGGAAAGAUGUUGCGAUGAUUCGUAAGAGAGUCGAUUUGAUUAAUCGAGACUUGAAGCUGUUGGGAGUCAACUGCCAGAAGAAGGAGAAAGAAUAUAGAGAUGCCUUAGAAGCAUUUAAUGAGAAGAACAGAGAAAAAGGGGAGCUAAUUGGCAAAUUAGUUCAAGUAAGAACUCAAAUUUCUUGUCAAAUUAAGAAAAACAGCAACACAGUUUACUAG